UUGAAAUUCCCUACGUGCGGGAAAAAUUACAAGAGACGAGCCUGGUACAUUAAACACCUAAAAACACAUAAUGGUGUUGAAGCACGACAAUCGUUGGUAAGUUCUUCAAUUAUCACUUCGGAUAGAGUUGACCCUCACGUAUCCCAUGGUGAACCAUUAACUGGAAACCACCAGGAGUCCAUUAACAUCCGGACACGUCUUAGCAUUCCUAACAUGAAACAAUCGACUUGGAAAGUUCACGACGACAAUUUAGCGGUCCUGUUAGAGCAUCCGGGCUCGAAGCAGGAAUUGAACUCGCAGGUAGAAACUUUCCAAAAUACCGUUUAUGACUACUUCAACGAGCAAUAUCCACCACGUAAUCAUUACGCUCGCAAAAAUAAAGAAAAUUCGUUCAAGAUAAAAAUGAGGAAGAAAAAACGGGAAUUAAUAAAAAAUCUACGUAUAGCCAAAGCUCUAGGCGACAACCACCUUAGUCAUCAGCUAGCUAGGGCGUUAAGGUCAAUCCUUAAAUUAAUUCAAGGAAUAUCGGCACAAACUGCAGAAUAUCGCGGUAAUUUUGACCGGGCCAAACAGGAAGUAGAUUUUGAUAAAAACCCUUUUGAGUAUUCGAAAACCAUUUUUAAGAAAGAACGCGGACAGCUUCUCUUGACCAACGAUCAAAUUUACGACCAUUUCAAGAGCACAUACGAAGUGCCUAAAAGUGUAAGGCUCUAUACGGAUCCAAACGAACAAAAACCGGAAAUUCCUCAUAUCGAUUUUCACGGCAUACCACCAACGUUAGACGAAAUAAGUAGUCACAUAAAGAGGAAAUCAUCUAAAUCUGCACCGGGCCCCGAUGGUAUCCCAUAUAUAGUCUUUAAAAAAUGUCCAUCGGUUCGUAAACACCUCAUAAAUAUAUACGGCAAAAUCUGGUCAAGGAAGCAAAUCCCGGAGUGUUUCGGGAAAGCAAUUUUUGUCCUCAUUCCCAAAAAAGAUCGAGUUACCGAUCCGAAGGAUACUAGACCGAUAGCCUUAACAAAUACAAUUUCUAAAAUCUUUUUCUCGGUCCUACAAACGAGAAUGACGCGAUUCAUGCUCAGCAACAAGUAUUUUAGGCCAAAUCACCAGAAAGGGUUUCUACCCGGGAUUUCUGGAUGCCUAGAACACAACACCUUGCUGUCGGAGAGUUUGAAAGAUGCUAGAAAAAGCGAGCGGCAAAUUACAGUUUGUUGGAUAGACUUAGAGAACGCGUUCGGGUCGAUACAACACGAGUUGAUGCUAUUCGCGCUUAGAUGGUACAACUUUCCACCCCUAGUUAGAGAUAUGAUCGCGUCGUAUUACUCAAAAUUAAGGUUUUCUAUAAUAACUAAAGAAGGCCCUUCAAAAAGUUUGAGUUAUAAUGUAGGACUGUUUCAAGGUUGUUGUCUAUCUCCAAUUACGUUUAAUAUCGUUAUUAACAUCUUAGUAGACAAAUUAAUCUGUAACAAGAAAAAAUGGGGUUAUCGGUUUAAGUUUAAUAAUAAAUACACGGAAUCCAUUUUAGCCUUUGCUGACGAUCUCGCAAUACUGACACGUCACCCCAAACACUGUCAAGUACUAUUGGAUGAAGUGGAUAAAUUCUGUGAGUGGACGGAUGGAUUGAGGACAAAACCAAGUAAAUGUCACUGUUUGUGUCUUGGUAGGCGGAAUACAAGAUACACCUCAUACGAUCCGGGACUAUCGAUAGGCGGUCAAUGCGUUUCUACGGUUACGGAAGAUGCACCAUUCAAGUUUCUCGGUCGUAAGAUUGAUAAUAUAGGUCGUACUCCAUCUUUAGAAGGAAUAGUAGACAGCUUUUUAAAUGAUCUUAACAAGGUAGAUAGCCAGCAGAUCAGUAACGUAAAAAAAGCAUGGAUCUACGAUAAUUACUUAACUUCACGUUUGAAUUGGCCUUUCCUCGUCUAUGAUUUUAGUAAAACCCUUUUAUCUAAAUUAGAUGCAGGCGUCAUAAAGAUGUUGAAGUUGUGGCUCGGGCUCGCGCUAACGGCUGAUUCAUCGGCUUUAUUCAGGGAUCGUAAUAGUUUUGGGAUGAAUCUAAAAAGACCAUCGGAGCUCUACAAACACCUAAGAGUUUCCAAGAGACAUAUCCUGGGAAAAUCCCAUGAUGACGUCGUUACAUCACUCCCAAAAGACAACGAUGCCCCAGAGCUAGAGUCACGACUUCAAUUCCAUAAACAAUUUAUGAUCGGAGCGCAAAAUAACAGAGUAGGGUUAGGAUCAAGUAGGAAAGUCCAAGAUACGGAUAUAUUGAAGUCUUUUAUUCGGCAAGACGAGAACGAUAAAUACAAAAUCCAUGCAAUGAGUUUAGAAAUGCAGAACGAGUGGUUAGACAUAGGAGAUUUUUGCAUUCCACUAGCACUAAAAUGGCGCACCCUAAUUCAUGACUGGUCGCCAGCCUUGCUAAAAUUUUAUCUCAAUGCGUUCCAGAUGACUCUCCCAGAUCAGAGUAAUUUAGUAAGAUGGGGUAAAGGUACCGAAAAAACUUGCUAUAUCUGCGGAAAGGCAGUUGGAACUGCCAAGCAUUUGCUGGUGGGAUGUAAGGUUCUCCUGGACAGCGGUCAAUACUCGCGUCGUCACGAUAGGGUUUUAGAGAUCAUACGUGAAGCGGUUAGUCUUUCGGUAGCCAGAGCGCAAAGGGAAAUAACCACAAACGAGCGAUCAAUAGGUUUUGUGAGAGAGGGCACCAGGGCUAUAAAAUCAAACGUCAAGCCUUACUCUAUCCUUAAAGCGGCUUCGGAUUGGACUAUCAUGAUGGAUACGUAUGAGAAACAAUACAAAAUCCCCGAGGAUAUUUGUGCGUCGGCCUCCAGACCAGACAUAUUUCUAUAUUCGCGUAUUUUAAAGCGCGUUGUGAUGAUAGAGCUUACGGUGCCUUGGGAAACCAACAUCCCCAAAGACCAUGCCAUCAAGGUCAAUAAGUAUUACGAGCUCACUAACGAACUAACUCGAAAUAGGUUCGUCGUUGAUUUGUACGCGGUAGAGGUGGGAGCGAGAGGUAUCACAGCUAAAUCUCUCUAUAACCUACUAAAAGACUUGGGCCUGUCCAGAACUAACAUUAAUUCAUUCUUAGAACGUACGUCGAAGGCAGCCCUAGUAGGUUCUUUUCAAAUUUGGUUAGGUAGGGAGAGGAACUUGGACAGUGGAGGUGAGCGUAUAACGCGCGUUAGUUAA